ACAUGUGUAGUGUGAUUAAAGGAAGAGCUUCAGCGCUGUUGACACCUCAGAUGAAUGUGAGACUCAGAGAGGACGAGGAAGAGGAGGUUAUUAAACACAGAAAACCUGCAGAACCCAGGAAGAGGAAGGGUUAAAAGUCCAAAUCUAUCAGAGGGAGAUCUCCCUCCCUCCCUCUCCUCUUCCUCCCAUCCUCUUCCUCUCCACCCCCCCUCCUCUGUGGAUACUUGCUGCCUCUCUCUCUCUCUCUCUCUCUCUCUCUCCACCUGUUAGUGCGGACUCUUCACAUCCACCUGUUUGUGUAGGAAUCUCCUCCACUCUCACUACCAGAGACUCUAUGACGGUGCGGAGAGGAAAGAAGCUCAGCAUCUCCAUCCAGGAACACAUGGCCAUAGACGUCUGCCCCGGCCCCAUCAGACCCAUCAGAACCAUCUCCGCCUACUUCCCCCGCCUGUCCCCCACCUCCCCCGGCCCCAUCUCCCCCAACCCGGCCUCCUCCCCGUUGGUCCUAAGCCCCGGCUCCGUGGCCUCCGUGGGCGGGGCUCACCUGCUGUCUCCUCUGCUGGCCCACGGCCGGCCCGGUGGUGGCGGCGGCGGCGGGUCGUUGUCCCUGACCAGCAGCGUGGACACGUCGGUGGAGAUCAACAGCUCCGACAGUGACGACUGCACUGCUCUGGGAACGCUGGAGUUCGAGCUGAGAUACGAGCAGCGCUCCAGCGAGCUGCACUGCACGGUGCUCCGGGCGAAGGGUCUGAAGUCGAUGGACUUCAACGGUUUGUCCGACCCGUACGUCAAACUGCACCUCCUGCCCGGAGCCUGUAAGGCCAAUAAGCUGAAGACGAAGACGAUCCGUAACUCUCUGAAUCCGGUGUGGAAUGAAACGCUUACUUACGUCGGGAUCACAGAAGAAGACAUGCACAGGAAGACGCUCAGGUUGACAGUGUGUGACGAGGACAAGUUGACUCAUAAUGAGUUGAUCGGAGAGUCCCGGGUUCCUCUGAAACGGGUCAAACCCGACCAGACCAAACACUUCCACACCUGCCUGGAGCACCCGCCGCCGAUGCCGUCUCCCACGGCGAUGGGCGAAGCCCUGCGAGGGAUCUCCUGCUACCUCCGAGAGUGGGAGAACGAGCAGCUGCACAGCCUGGAGGAGAGAGGCCGACUUCUCCUCUCGCUGCAGUUCCUGCCUCCGCUCAGCUCCGAGGAUAACGAGGUAGACGGAGGAGGAGGAGGACGCCGCGGAGGCGGUCUCUCUGUGGGCGUGAAGCGCUGCGCCCACCUGGCGGCCAUGGACGUCAACGGGUUCUCCGACCCCUACGUCAAAAUAUACCUGAAGCCCGACAUACUGAAGAAAUCCAAACACAAAACAGCCGUGAUGAAGAAGACCCUCAACCCUGAGUUCAACGAGGAGUUCUUCUACGAGAUCUCCCUGUCGGAGCUCACCAACAAGACUCUGGAGGUAACGGUGUGGGACUACGACCUGGGACGCUCCAACGACUUCAUAGGUGGCGUCUGUCUGAGCUGUCACACCCAGGGCGACGGCCUCCGUCACUGGAUGGACUGCCUGAAGAACAAGGGCAGCCGGGUGGAGCGGUGGCACAUCCUGACCAAUGAGCUGCCACGAACCCUCAGCCACGACUAAACCCCCUCGCGGCAGCCUGCAGACGGUCGCUGUCAGGGGGGGUCACACGGUUCACAGAGAUCCUCUUUAUGGGACGGACUCGAGCAACUUCACCACCGGAGUCAGCAGCGAUGGAGAGUGUAUUAUAAUAAGAGCCGCCAUGACGGGUGGAGAGCAGCAUGGUGGUGUGCCUUCAUUACUGACCGGUGAGUCAUCCAGAAGGAGGAGCUCCAUCAACACCGUCUACAUAUAUAUAACAUAUAUAUAACAUAUAUAUAACAUAUAUAUAGCAUAUAUAUAACAUAUAUAUAGCAUAUAUAUAGCAUAUAUAUAACAGGGUUAGACCGACUGCUGAGGGGCGGAGCUCACACAGAUUAAACCAGCUGUAGACGUCUCACUGCAUGUUUGUUUUUAUACUUCAGCAUUCAUCGAAAUCUAAAUCUAAAUCUAAACUACGGAAGCCCUGAAAGGCCAGAAAAGUAGUUUUUUUCUGGUGAUCCACUUUCUAAGUCUGAUCUAAAUUAUUAAGCCUUAAUUUAUUACUAACCUCGGAGAGAUCGAUCGCUAACAGGACAAUAAGAUCACAGUUUAUUUAAGGCACGUUUGUAAAAUCAACUAACCCAGUCGGCAAGAAAAAUGUUGGCAUUGUACAUUUCUGCAAACCACGAAUACGUUGAAUGUCGACGCCUCUGAACCCAAAAUACGUUUCAUAUCAGCCUCGUAUCACAACUGCAGGAAUGCACAACGCCACAUGGUUAACGUUGAGAAAUGAUUGGUUAGCUUUAGGCAACAAAACUACUUGGUCAGUAACAC